AUGGCAGGAUACCCGGGACAGCGCCCCUACGGCGGUGGCCCGCCCGCGCCUCGUCCUGGUCCCGGCCCUGCGCCUGCAUCGCGGGGUCCUCCUCCUCCCCAGCAGUACGACAACUACCAGCAAGAUGGCUAUGGCUACGACUACUACGACGACGGAGGCUACGGCCCAGAAUACGGCGGUCAGUAUCAGGACCCCAACUACGCCAGAGGCCCGCCGCCGCCGAACCAAGGCUACCCGCCCCAGGACUACUACGGCGGCGGUCCUGGACCCAAUGGCCCGCCGAGGGGAGGUCGGCCGCCUCAAAUGGGAAGAGGCGGUCCUGUAGCACGCCCGCCGACGGCUGACGGGGUGCGCGGCGCACAUCCACCCCGUGGUGCUCCUGGAGGCCGAGGAGGAUUCCCCGGGGGCGGCCGAGGAGGUCGUCCUGCCCAGUUCGAACGAUCGGCGAAUUCCGAUCCUGCACCCAACCGCGCUCGGCCGCAAGACCCAGGACCAUUGAGCCCGCCCGGCCCCCAAGGGUUCGGCGGCGCUUUCCCGGCUUUCCCGGGACAAGGCCGCAAGACGGAUCUUGACGCAGAGGCUGCGAUAUUGAACAAGAUGGCGGGAAUGGACAUCUCUGGGGGCCAACGGCCUCCUGGCCCUCCUAACGCUAGAGCGCCGCCGCCGCGAGGUCACCCGGAUCCCCGGCGCGGUCCAGACCCAGGAUAUGGUGCUGAUCCAGGAUACGGACCUGACCCCAGAGGCGACGGCUACGGUCCGCCAGGACCACCGAGAGACGACUUCGGCCCUCCUUCCAGGAGCAUGACGAUGCCCGUCAACGAUGGAUCACAACGACGCCCGCCUCCGCCACGCGUGGAUCCAUAUGGUGGUCCAGGAGGACCGCCGCGCAAUGGAGUCCCUCCUCGGCCGUCGACAGCGCAAGGAAACCGCCCACCGCCGCAGCGCAUGUAUCCUCCCAACCAGAUGCCGCCGCAGCAACAACAACAUCACCACCAACAACCGCCUCCUCCUCAACAUGGCGGAUACGGUGGAGAGUAUGAUGGAGGCCAGGAUGCAUACCGGGAUACCAGAGCGUCUUUCGGCGAUGUUUACGACGCCUACUACCAUUCUACGCGCAUGAGCAACCAAAGCAAUGCCAGUUACGCCCAGCAAGACGCUCCCGACUUCAACGCUGCGCCGUCGCACGGCCCUCGUGGCUCUUUCGACCAGCACAUAAGACCCGGCAUCGCCGAGCACACUCAACCGGGCGCUAAGCGCGUGCCGGAGAUGAGCCGCACAAAGUCGCAGCCGGAUUUGAGGCAAUCGCAGCAAGCCGUGUUCGAGAUGGCCGGCGAUGCUCCGCCGAUGCCGCCGAUGGGCAACGGCUACCAAGACGCUUACAACGGAGCGAACGGCUGGAAUCAGCCGCAAAACCCGCAGAUGGGGCGUCCUGGCCUGCCCCAGGGCCCUGCUUCCGGUCGCGGCCCCGACAGUCUGCCAUCUCACCCCGCUCCUGUCCGGCCUGGCCACAUGCCCAACUCCAUGGUGAACAUGAGCGACAAGCCUGCGCCGAUCCGCAACUACAGCGGCGCUUCAAAUGCGCCGACGCCUCCCGUCGGUCCCGGUGGUGCACCCCCACCGCAGCAGCAGCAGCAAAUGUUGCCUCAGCAACCGAGCAAGUCCUCGUUGCAAGAAAUCACGACGCCAGUCACUCAAGAGGAACUGGAACGGUUGCGCCAGGUCAUCAAGACGAACCCGAACGACCAGGAGUCCGCUCUGAGGCUAGCAAAGCGACUGGUAGAGGCUGCCGAUGUCCUGGCCCCCGCUCUUGCGGAUCCCAAGAUGAGGGCUCGUGGCCGGGAGAGAUACCUCGCCGAUGCCAGCAAAAUCCUCAAGAAGCUGUCGAACGCGCAGAACCCCGAAGCCAUGUUCUUCUACGCCGACUGCCUCGGCCGUGGCUUGUUUGGACCGGAGCCCGACAACAAGGAGGCGUUUACGUUGUACCAGUCGGCUGCCAAGCUCGGGCACGCGGCUGCAGCCUACAGGACGGCUGUGUGUUGUGAGAUUGGCCACGAAGAAGGCGGCGGUACCAGGAAAGAUCCCCUGAAGGCCAUUCAGUGGUAUAAGAGAGCUGCUACCCUAGGGGACACGCCGGCCAUGUACAAGGUCGGCAUGAUCCUGCUGAAGGGACUCCUCGGCCAGCCAAAGAACCCCCGCGAGGCUGUCGGAUGGCUCAAGAGAGCUGCAGAACGGGCCGAUGCCGAAAACCCCCAUGCUUUGCACGAGCUGGGUCUGCUGUAUGAAUCGGCAGCACCCAAUGAUGCAAUCAUCAAGGACGAGGCGUACGCGUUCACGCUCUUCAGACAGGCGGCCGACCUAGGCUACAAGUUCUCGCAGUACCGCCUGGGUUGCGCAUUCGAGUAUGGCCUGAUGGGAUGCCCCAUCGAUCCUCGACAGUCCAUCAUGUGGUACUCUCGCGCAGCACAGCAGGGCGAGCACCAAGCCGAGCUGUCGCUCAGUGGUUGGUACCUGACAGGCAGCGACAACGUUCUGCAGCAGAGCGACACAGAGGCGUAUCUGUGGGCCCGCAAGGCUGCCACGGCCGGCCUGGCCAAGGCCGAGUAUGCGAUGGGUUACUUUACCGAAGUGGGCAUUGGUGUGCCGGCUAACAUGGAGGACGCAAAGCGAUGGUACUGGAGAGCGGCUGCUCAGGACUUCCCCAAGGCCCGCGAGCGUCUUGAGGACCUCAAGCGCGCCGGCAAGAACGGCCCCCGCCAACGUGAGCGCAUCUCUCGCAGCAAGAUCGGCAAGCAACAGGAGGGCGAGUGCUCAAUUAUGUAG